AUGGCACACACGCGGCAAAUCUCCACCACCGCGCAAGCUCUCUUCCGCGUCUUCAUCCAACCCACCGUCUCCGUCGCGCCCGCAACGCCACGAGCCGCCUCGUUCAUCCGGCCCUCAGCGGCCCCGACAAUCUUCAUCCCAGCCCUCACGCCGCACAACCAGCGCCGCGCGGCAAGCAAGUAUCGGCCGCCGGUCGAGCGCUCGAAGCCGUACGACGAGGAGAUCGGGUCCAUCUACAUCAACCUCAUCGAUGAAGAGGGCGUCUUCCGGCCGCGCCAGCGGCUCAGAACCGUGCUCAACGACAUGGACCGCAUCAUGAACCACCUGGUGCAGCUGGACGCGCCGACGGAGGAGUCGGAGCACCCGUUCCCCGUCUGCAAGAUCGUGGCCAAGACCGCGCUGCGCGAGCAGGAGCGCACAAAGGCCCGGCUGAAGGCCAAGAAGAACCCCGACGAGCUGGCCAAGACGAUCGAGCUCAACUGGGCCGUCAGCCCGAACGACUUGCAGCACUGGAUGAAGCGCCUGAAGGAGUUUCUGCAGGAGGGCAGGCGCGUCGAGGUGGCCAUGGGCCCCAAGAAGAGGGGCAGGAAGGCGACCAUGGCCGAGGCAAGUCAUGUUCUGGAGACCGUGAGGCAGACUGUGGCCGAGGUUGAGGGUGCGAAGGAGAGGAUCGAGCCGGAAGGUCAGUUGGGGGCCAUCAUGGUAUUGUCCUUUGAUGGUCCGAAGGUGGACGAGGAAGCGAAGAAGCAACGAAUUCAACAAGAGAAAGAGAUGGAAGUCGCGGAGAAUGCGGCGAAUGGGAAGAAGGACCAGCCUAAGGUUUCAAGGUGGAAGGUCAAGGAGGAGGAGAGGAGAAAGCAGGCUGAAGCUGAAAAGCUAGAGAAGGAAAGGAUAGCUUUUGAGGAAGAAAGGAUUAGGCAGGAAAGGUGGCAGAGGCAGCAAGCCAUGGGAGGCGGUAGGUAUAAUCAGGGCUUUGAUGCUUUCGGGAGAGCCGGCUAUGGCGGAGGCACGUGGGGCAGAUAG